UAAAAAAAGUGCAAGUGGUGUUUGUCGAAACAAAACGAGGAGAGAAGAGGGAAAAAUCAAUCAAUCGAGGGUUUCGUUCUUCUCGUCUUCAUCAUCCUCAAUUCACAGUUACUUGCCCUCAAAUCCCCACACAUACUCUAGUCAGGUAGGAUGGAUUCAAAGUCACAGUCUCCUCCGCCUCAUGACCACAACAACAACAACGAUUCUGCUGAUGCUGAUGCUGCUGCUGCUCCUGCAUUUCGCAAGCCUACCGGGGAUGCACUAGCUAAUAGGAAUUAUCGCCGCCCACCUCAUGGUAGUCCCAAGCGCGAACACAGCUCAAGGGAAGAAGAUUCUGUCAGAGACUCUCAUCAUCAUUCAAGGAAGUAUGAUGCCAGGGAACAAGACACAAAAUAUGCCAGAACCAGCGAUUCUCUUAGACAUUCUGACAGACACUCGUCUCGGACCUCCUAUGGCCACUCUAGGCAUGACAAGUACGCAGAUGAAUAUAGAAAACAUGAGAGGUUAUCAUCACGUUCUGCACGUGACUCAAGGGGCGAUCAAAUGAGAGAAGAGAGCGACAGCAGGUCAAAAGACUAUGGGCGUAGUAUGGACAAGUAUUCACGCGAAAAAUAUGAAAGGUCUGAUUUUAGAAGCAAGGACAGAGAUAGGGAGAAGCGUGCAACAUAUGAGGAGGUGGAGAAGGAGAAGCGUACAAGAGACGGGGAUGCUCGAGAUGAAAAAAAGGAUUCACAAAGAAGUUCUGGAGAACACAAAAGUGACCGUGCACUGUAUUAUUCAGAGACUAGGAGCCAGAAAGAAGACAUUGAGAUUAGUAAGAACAAGGACCGAAACUCUAAAAAAGUAGGAGAGGUAUUUGGUAUUGAAGAUAAAGAAUCUUCUGGAAAGAAACAAAAGUUGUUUGGAGCUGACAAGGAUGCCAAUUCCGGAAAAGAUGAUGAAAGGAAGACUUCAGGUUCAAAGCUUUCUCAUGAGACAAAGCCAGGUUUAGGGGCUGUCAGGACCAGCGGUUUUGAUAGUGGCAAUAAUGUAGAUGCUGCAAAAGUGGCAGCAAUGAGAGCUGCUGAAUUAGUUAACAAGAACUUAGUAGGGGCUAAUUGCUUGACUACGGACCAAAAGAAGAAACUGUUGUGGGGCAGCAAAAAGAGUACACCCACUGAAGAGUCUGGCCACCGUUGGGAUAUGGCAGUGUUUGAUCCAGAGCGACAAGAGAAAUUCAACAAACUCAUGGGUGUGAAAGGAGAAGCCAAAGUGGAGCAGAACUCUGACAAUCAAAAUGACAACGACUUACUCCGUGCUGAGAAGCAGAAGGAACUCCAGCUGGAUCUAGAGAAGCAGUAUACUGCAGGUCUUCGGCGAAGAGAUGGCCGCACAGUUGGAUUAGGUCUUUAAAUAUUUAGUGGUGGAAUGUUUCAUCCUUUGACUUUGCAGUGAUUUUGAGUAUGUUACCCCUGUCAUAGGUGGAACUUAUCAUGUGUUUGUUACAUAUUGGGAGUUUAUCACCUGUAUGAUCCUGAUGCUUAGAGGAAUUUAAAUGGGAUGAUUUAAUGCUAGAGUAUAUAAUGGGGUUGGGAGAGGUACAAGAAAACAUCUAUGGUGAUAAGCUUUCAUGAUAUCAACUCCAAAACAAAUUACAACUUUUGAAGUACUUUAGUAUGGUGCUUGAUAUGUGGACAAGCAUAGAAUUAAGAAUCACUCACGUGAUCAUGGGAUUAUGAAUGUUAUUAUAGUUGUAUUUUUCAUCUGAAAAAUUUAAGCUAGGCCACUGAAAAUGAUAAGAUUAUUUAGAAUAGAGCAACAAGUAAGCUAAGUAGAAAUGUGUACCCUUGAAGGCUUACCCAAAAUUAACGCGUAAAAAAAAUUGCACCCUUGAAAGCUUUGGACGAAA